AUGGUGAAGUCAGGAAAUGUUCUCAGAUUAAAGAAGGCAAUUUAUGGCUUGAAGCAAUCUCCAAGGGCUUGGUACCAUAAGUUGAGCACCACCCUCAAUGGAAGAGGCUUUGUCAAGUCUGAAGCUGAUCAUACCCUAUUCACCCUCACUAGCCAGCAAGGAAUCAUUGUCAUUCUCAUCUAUGUUGAUUGUCCAGUCGUCAGCUCGGCUUUCAGCUCCCUUUGUUAUGAUGGGCUUAUCGCAACCCACAUGCUAGCUCACGCUUAUCGAUUCAGCUUACUCGAUCUAACGCCUUCCACUUUCUCCACGCCUCCGUUCGGUUUUCAAGAAAUCGAAGAUCCCCCGAAGCUCUCUACCAAGCUCACCAGGGCUCUAUACCGCAAGUUGCAACAGAGUCCCUGUACCUGGGUGGCCUACACCACUUCUCGAAUAAGUGCAGCCAGAUUCCCAGAUACCUACAACGCCUCUUUCCAAGAUCCCAUUCCUGCUGAGAACCUUGAGAUUUCGGCAGGCGAUUCGGUUGUAUCGAUCUCAACUGGUGCUAGUGCUUCGGGAACUGAAAAGUCUCAGCCAGGUGACAUGACUCUGCGACCGUCAUUCCGUUCUAGGGGUAACCCCUCUAAAGCUGCCAGUGCUUCUCGUGGAAGCGACAGGAACCAAGGAGGAUCGUUCCUUAUCUCAAUGAAGGAAGUUUUGGACGACGGAGGAUCCAAACCUGUUGUCGAGACUACUCCAACUGAGGUUGUAGCUCAGGAUGCUGCUCCUCUCCCUGAGGUCCAGGUGCCGGAGGCUGACUACCAGGCUCCGAAGGGUACCUCUGAGAUCGAGCCGUCGAGACACAAGAGGCCCAGGAUCGAUCAGGGCGGAGCUUCCAUCCGUUCUUCUUCCUCGUCCUCUAGAGGAGGGACUGUUGGGUGGAGCUUUACCCAUUCGAAGCCUGGGUCGAUCCUGGAUGACUCUUGGGGCCUAGCUGCGAUAAUGAGGCACCUGAAGAGCGUGGGAUGUCCCCUUCCAGCGCUCAAGGACCUGACUAACCGAGAUGAGUAUCUCGAUAUUGCCCACUGUAUGGGUCAGUUGGCUGGGGCUGUUAACAGGGCCCAGCUCAGGUUUGAGAAUGCUCUGUGUGCUGCCCCCAAUGCUGGUGAACUUGCUGAGGUUACCGAGAUGGUUAAGGCAGCCAAAACCGAUCUUGACCAAGCCCGGGUUCGAAUUUCUGAACUCGAAGCCGAAGUGACGAGGCUAGGCUCGAAGGCCGAUGCUCAGCAAGGAGAGAUCGAGAGUCAAAAGCUCGAUAUCCAGGUGAAGAGCAGGAGGAUCAAUGAUUUAGAGGCUGCUCGAAAGAUAGCUGAGCAUCAAGUACGUGAGCUCAUUGCCUCAUCCCGGGAUAGCCAGAAGAACAAGGAAGCUGAAGUCAAGCUGGCUGUCAGGGAAGGGAAGAAAGAAGUCGCCGAAGCUUACGGCAAGAUCCUGGUCUGUGUUAAGGAGAAGUUUGCUAGGAAGAAAGAUGAGGUCGACGCUUUGGUGUACGCUCAGGAGCUCCAAGCUAAUGCCGACCUCUUGAAGGAUAUGCUGAACAACAAGAUCCAAAGCGUUGAAGAGGAGUACAACCAAUUGGUGGCCUUAUUACCAGAAGCGACAACUGCGUAUGAGAAGGCUCAAGUCUCUGACUUCUCGGUCAGCAAGCUUCCUCUUCCCCAGAUCUCGGAGAGUUCAGGUACUUUCGAGAUUAACAUGUUUAAUCCAUCCUUUUCUGGGGAGUAUGGCUCUAAUUUGGGUUUGAUGGCUCCUGACUUAGCUCCAGUCGAGGCAGCAAUAGGAGGUGACGGCAAUGUGGUCGAUGAGGGAGUUCCUGCCGGUGCUGGUGAUCCGAUUCAGGAAGAGAAGGAAGAUUGAGAGCUACGGCUCUUUUAACUUUAUGUUUUGUGUUUUUAAGACUUCGGCCUAAGGGCUUUGUUUCGUUAUGUUUUGUGACUUAGUGCCUGAGGAGGCCUUUAAACCUUAACGCUUGCUGGAUUUCAAUAGCCUGGGGAGGUUUUUAAACCCUUUCUUAUGUUUAAAUCGUGGCUAUUAUUUCUGUUUUAAGUUUUUGAACUUAACCUCGUUUCAUUUAAUCAUAGUGAUUGCGAAUCUCA